AUGGAUGAUAUGGAGUUCAGUUUCGGCACGUUUGUGUUUGACAACAACAGUUUUGACAACAUGACAGAGAUGUCUGGAGACUUUGGAGACUACCAGGAGGCAUGUGAUGGAGCUCUCAGCAGCAGCUUCAACAAGAUUUUCCUACCCACAGUUUACGGAAUAAUAUUCGUUCUUGGGGUCAUUGGCAAUGGAUUAGUCAUUGUCGUCAUGGGCUAUCAGAAAAAGGUCAAAACAAUGACAGACAAGUACCGGCUCCAUCUCUCCGUGGCAGACCUCAUGUUUGUUCUUACGCUUCCCUUCUGGGCUGUGGAUGCAGCCAGCAACUGGUACGGUGGAAAUAUCCUCUGUGUAUCUGUACAUGUGAUCUACACAGUCAACCUGUACAGCAGCGUGUUGAUUCUAGCCUUCAUCAGUCUGGACAGAUACUUGGCUGUGGUGCGUGCUACCAACAGCCAAGCCACAAGGAAGCUUCUAGCAAACAAAGUUAUCUAUGUGGCUGUGUGGCUUCCUGCAGUUGUGCUGACUGUACCUGACUUGGUGUUUGCCAGGGCACAAACCACAGGGUCUUCAAACAUCCUCCUGAUGGGAGAUGAAAGCUUGGACACUGCACACUCCAGGGUCAUCUGCGAGCGCAUCUACCCCCAGGAAAGCAAUCUCAUAUGGACAGCCGUCUUCCGCUUCCAACAUAUUCUGGUGGGUUUCGUACUGCCUGGCCUGGUCAUCCUCAUCUGCUACUGCAUCAUCAUCACCAAGCUGUCACAAGGUACCAAGGGACAGGCACUGAAGAAGAAAGCACUGAAGACCACAGUCAUCCUCAUUCUGUGUUUUUUCUCCUGCUGGCUGCCCUACUGUGUGGGCAUCUUUUUGGACACCCUCAUCAUGCUGAACGUGGUCUCCCGCUCCUGUGAACUGGAACAAGCAGUAAAUAAGUGGAUUUCUAUCACUGAAGUCCUGGCAUUUUUUCACUGCUGCCUAAACCCCAUCCUCUAUGCUUUCCUGGGAGUUAAGUUCAAGAAGUCAGCAAAGACCGCAUUCAGCAGCAGAUCAAGUCAGAAAGUGACUCUCAUGACAAAAAAGCGAGGUCCAAUUUCAUCUGUGUCAACUGAGUCAGAGUCCUCAAGUGUUUUGUCAAGUUAACAUCAAUCAACUUUGGAGUCUGUGACUUCUCAGGAGAGAAAAUUUUAAGCUUAAUUUCAAAGAACUUACUACAUUUUGUACAGAUGUAAAAAGAGAAAAAAGAAAACUUUUUCUAAGUUUGAUUUGCAAUGUUUACUGCAACUGUGUGUCUUGUGAUGGUUUCAUUGUAUAUUAUGUAAGUUUUAUGCGCCUCAAAACAAAUUUUUACUUUUGCCAGUGCCUCAAUUCAGCUUUACAAUCCACGAUUCAUUUCACCUUUGCAAACUGUGACGCUGUUAUAAAGUUAAGGCAUAGAAUGCCUUGUCUGUUUUCAGGGAUGGUAGCUGCUUUUGGAAACUGUAAAUAGUUUGUAGCAUUUGUGUGUUCGCACUUAAGUUGUGUGAUUAUCUGAAAGCUAUUAUUUAUUGCUGUCAUUCACACUGGAAGUUUUGUAAAAGAAAGAAACUGCAUGCUGCUUUUUUAUCCUUUUAAAAUGUGUGUUUAUGUAAAAAAUAAAAAAUUCAAUGCUUC